AUGGAAGAUGAUCCACAAAGUAAAGUUGAUUAUCGAGUUGAAAAAGAGAUUUUGGAUGAGCUCGUUCAAAAAGUAAUUUCUUUAGAGGAAGACAAUGAUUCUCAACACAAAGAGCAGACACAAUUAAUUAAAAAACAAAAAGAAGAUGGAUUAGAAAAACCUCAACAAAUUGAAAAAGAAGAAGGGAAUGACCGUCAAAUUGUUGAGGAAGAUCAGGACGAUGAGGAAGAAUGGGAAGAUGCUGGUGAUGGACGAGAAGAGGAUGAACAACUAGGGGAUGAAGAGUUUGAUGAUGAGCAGGAAGAUGAAGAAUGCGAUGAGCAGGAAGAAGAGGAUGGGGAGGGGAAGAAAGAAUUGGAUGAUGAUGAGAUUGUAGAAAAUCCAGCCUACAUUCCAAAACAUGGUAAAUUCUACAUGCACGAUAUUGACCGGUCUGUUCCUCCGGCUCGUCGUAGCCGUGUGUUUAAUCCUUCUGAGGACGAAGAAGAAGAGGAAGAUACAGAAGGUAUAUCAGCUGUAACAAAAUGUGAAGAUGACAUGCCAAAAACAAGGGCGGAACGCGUCAAUAAAUGGAAACAUGACAUGUUUGAUGAACGUGCACAAGAUUCGCCGUUAUGGACGUGA